CAGCUCAGCAGCAGCGGUGUGGUCGCUCAGAAAGCACGUUAACGGAAAAAGAAAAAAUCACUCCACACGUCCCGAAAGGCCUCCGGUGCACCGUAAACUCUGCAGAAAGAAGUCACAGCGACGACGGAUAUCAUUAACACAAACAGCUCUCUCUUUCUUUUUUUUUUAUUUAUUUAAAAGUAGCGGCUAGUAUUUAUUUGUUACCAUAUAUAAUAUAGCAUUUAACAAAAAAAUAUAUAUAUUUAAGAGAAAAAAAAAAGGAAGAAGAAAAAGAAACAUAGUAGCUCAUAAUGGCGACAGCUGCUGUGUCUGCUCCUGCAGGCUGCGGCCCCAGCCCCGGGCCGGGGACGGAGCUCGUCCGCGGGCAGGCCUUCGACGUCGGCCCUCGGUACAGCAACCUCUCCUACAUCGGGGAGGGAGCCUACGGGAUGGUGUGCUCUGCUUAUGACCGGGACAACAAGAUCCGUGUGGCCAUUAAGAAGAUCAGCCCCUUUGAGCACCAGACGUACUGCCAACGCACCCUGAGAGAGAUCAAAAUCCUCCUCCGCUUCAAACAUGAGAACAUUAUCGGCAUCAACGACAUCAUCCGCACGCCAACCAUUGACCAGAUGAAGGACGUAUAUAUUGUCCAGGAUCUCAUGGAGACAGACCUGUACAAGCUUCUCAAGACUCAACACCUGAGCAACGACCACAUCUGCUACUUCCUCUACCAGAUUCUACGAGGGCUCAAGUACAUCCACUCUGCCAACGUGCUGCACCGCGACCUGAAGCCCUCCAACCUCCUGCUCAACACCACCUGCGAUCUCAAGAUCUGUGACUUUGGUCUGGCUCGUGUGGCUGAUCCUGAUCACGAUCACACUGGUUUCCUAACAGAGUACGUAGCCACCCGUUGGUAUCGAGCACCUGAGAUCAUGCUCAACUCCAAGGGCUACACUAAGUCCAUAGACAUCUGGUCAGUGGGUUGCAUCCUGGCUGAGAUGUUGUCCAACAGGCCAAUCUUUCCUGGGAAGCACUACUUGGAUCAGCUCAACCAUAUUUUGGGGAUCCUCGGCUCUCCCUCUCAGGAGGAUCUCAACUGUAUCAUCAACAUUAAGGCCAGGAACUAUCUGUUGUCGCUGCCGCUGCGCUGCAAAGUGCCGUGGAACCGCCUCUUCCCCAACGCUGAUCCCAAAGCUUUGGACCUGUUGGACAAGAUGUUGACCUUUAACCCUCACAAGAGGAUCGAGGUGGAGGAGGCCCUGGCACACCCCUACUUGGAGCAAUAUUACGACCCCACAGAUGAGCCUGUCGCUGAAGCCCCGUUCAAGUUUGACAUGGAACUGGAUGACCUACCCAAAGAGACACUGAAGGAGCUCAUCUUUGAAGAAACUGCACGUUUCCAGCCUGGAUUUAGAUCCUAACAUCUCAACACAGAUCACUCUGUGGACUGGCUUCUGCGUUUGCCACUGCUCCUCCUCGCCUCCACACUGUUGCUGUGAUUUGGUGUUUUUUUUUUUCUUCUUCUUUUUUUGUUAUUUUCUGUUUUUUAUUCUCCUCUCCCGUUCUCCACAUCACCUGGAUUCCUUGGGUCUCACUCGUCAAGUCCACUUUGCUCAGGAAUGGCGUCAGGAAUCAAUCAAUCAAUCAAUCAAUCAAUCAUUCUCUCUCUUACUCUCUUUUCCCUUUUUUCUUUUCUCUCUCUUCUCUCUCUCGGAGGUGAGGUGAGGGCAGUUUUCCCAUUACAGCUUACAGUUUUGGAGGGGGGGCGAUUUUUGUGUUUUAAGCCAAGAUAAACAAUUGUGUGUGUGUGUGUGUGUGUGUGUGUGUGUGUGUGUCUCUCUCUCUAAGGCGUUCGGCUCUGGCUAUUCCUAUUCAAGACCUUUUUGUCCAGUUAGAUGACAGUGAUAGACUAUAGCUGUUGUGUUUUUUGGUGCAACUGUCGUGGUUAUAACUCAAAUGGCACAUGUCACAAGUGAAAUCACUAUUGUGUUAAGAAAAGAAAAAAAAGAAAAGGAAAAAAGCAGCACAACAGACAUAAACGAGUUGUUUUUGUCAUUAAUUAUUAUUAUUGUUUAAUCCUCCCUCCAGAUGAUUAAUUAUAAGAAUCAUCCAUUACAAUAAAAUAAUAAAAAAAAGGCCUUAUGAAUUUUUCUAACCUUUAUGGCACUGUAUGUUAAAAGGGAUAACAUGAUCUCCCUUUAUCUUUUUUUCUCUCAUCAUUUCUCUGGAUUUAAAAGAAAAAAAGAAGAAAACCCCCAAAUUAAAUCAACUGAUUUAUGCAAUUAAUUAAAAAUCACCAGAGAAUAAUCAGCGAGAGACUCAACAGGCCACAAAGCAAUCACACAAGGUGUUAAUGAGGAUCUAUAUUUUAUCAAACACCUUGUAUUAUAUCCUUAACACACUCACAGGAAGCCCAAAUGCAAAUCUACACAUAUUAAUAUUUAUAUCUAUAUAAAUAUAGAUAUAUAUAGCCGAAAGAGUCUUAGGAUAUUUUAAAGGCAAGCGUGAUGCUAGAAGGUGAAUCUGAUGAAUUUCUAACUUUUUUUUCUCUUUGUUAAAAACACAAAAAAAGCCCAGUGUCACCUCUCAUUGGCUUCUUCUCUUAAGAUGUCAGAUUGUGUAUACACGCACCAAGUAUCAACAUAUUUCAAAGCGCAGUGGAAAAGUUUCACCUUCAAUAUUUCAAUAUGUUUGCCUUAGCCAUGAGAAACUAAAGGAAAAGUCCGUUUAUUUCACACAAGUCUGUAUGUACAGUAUGAUUAUUUUUCA